UUUUUUAUAAAUUCAGAGGUGGGUAAUUAUUCGAGAGAGGGUACUUAUUUGGGCAUAUACAGUAGGUUAGCUUUAUUAUUUAAUUAUACUCCUUAUUUCCUUUCAAUUUCUUCCAUGAGAUCAUUACAAUUUUUAUAUUCUUUUUCGGUGUCUGUUCCUAAAUUUGGGAAUUUAAUGGCAAUUUAAAGCAUUGAAAUUGAACAAUAAAAAAAGCAAUCUCAUUUUUUCUGCUGUUCAAAAAUUUAAUUUUCUAUUAAAUUAAUUUUCUAUUUUUUUUUAUUAUUUCCAUUUUUAUGCCAUUAAAUUUAAACAUUUUUAUUUUUUGCCCCAUCUGUUUUUUGUCUAUUAAUUUGUGUUCUCUAUUUUUUAUUCAGUUUCAUUCUGAUUUUUCUUUCAUUAUUUUAUUUUAUGUUCUUCCCAAUCUUUCCGGAAAUCCUUUUUCUCCUUUGGGAUAUGAAUAUCAAUUAAGUUUUGGGGGCACAAACUGGAGACUAAAUCCAGUUAACUUUUCUUGACAGAAUGAAAAUCAUUUUUAGAUUUUAUUUUUAGAUAGAAAAAAAUUUAUUUUAUUUUAUACCCUCAUUUUUUUAAUUUUGGGGGGUUUUUUGUGCCAAUUUAUUUUCUUUUUUUAUUGCUUCGUUAUUUAUAUAACCAGCAUUUUUUAAAUUUCACCUACUACCAUAAAAUAGGAAAAAAAUAUAAAAAAUGACUAACCACCGUUCUCUUUUACUGAAAGGAUUUUAAAUUUAAAAAAUAAGGGAAAAAAUUGGCAGUGAGGGAGGAUGAUUAGUUGAGGUUUAAAAAUGAGGGAGAGAGAAGAAUGGGAGGAGAGGAUUACAAGACAUUUCCUCUUUAAAUUUCGACUUGGGGGGUUAAAAUUGAAAUGAAAUAUUGAAAGGAAUAGUAGAGAUUUAUGAGGAGAAAAAUUGAGUCGAAUUUUGAAAAUUUUUGGGAAAUUUUAUAUUUAAAAAUCGUCUGCUUUUCUUGAACAUCUGAAAAAUUCGAAAAUUUUAAUUAUUAUUUUUUAUAGAAUUCAAUGGAAGGCCAUAUCGAAGAAAGAACUCAAAUUCGACGAAUGUCACUUAAAGAAUUUAGUGGAUUGGAUUUACUGGAAGAACAAGCAAAUCAAAAAGCAUCUCUUUCCCCAAUGCUUCAUCCUUGGAGGUUUGGGCAACAAUUAACUCUUGGAAGUUUAAUUGAUAAAUUUAGCAAUCGACGUCGUUCCUCGUCUUCUGGAGGUGCAAAACUUGAAGGUGCUGGUCUUCAUCAUUCACAUUCUUCGGAUGAUGGAUAUAACUCGUUUGAUCGAGUUCUAGAUGGAAUUAAUCAAGCAAUACGAGAAACAAUUGCAACAGAAAAUAAUGAACAAACAGCAACAAAAAUUGAGGGAGGAGAAAAGAAUGGAGUCAACAAUCAUCAUUUAGAAAAACAAUAUAGCACUGGACGUAAUACUUUUGGACAAACAUUGCAGAGAUUAACAAAUAUUCGAAAUCAUCUAAAUUCAACUUUACAAUCUGUCCCAAAUGCUAGUCCAAGAAAAGCAGCAACAUCAGAACCUGAUUGUGAAAAGUUGGUGUUGCUUAAUGAAUGUAAAGAGCUUGUUAUUGCGUGUAAAGAUAUGGUUCGGAAUGCUAACUCUUCUUCUUCAUCUCCACCUUCAAGUCAAACAACUCUUCAAACCUCGUCAUCUACUGACUGCCAUCAACUUGUCCAAACAGUUGUGGAUAGUGCUGAAAGAGCAGUAGAUAGUGUUGAGAUGUUGAUCCGGAAGAGUAAUUCGAUAUUUCAAGCUCAACAGUUAACUUCAAAUGCUGAUCAGUUGUUGAAGGCACUAUCAGAAACUGUACGUGAAGUAGAAAAAUGUCAAAAGCCAGCAGUUAAAUCAAAUGAACAAGUAAAACAACUUGUUCGCUCCAGUACUGUGUUGACGGCAAACUUGAUCAGCUUUACCGAAUUGAUUCGAAAUAUUUGAAGAUGAAAUAGAUGGACGAAAAAGAUGGGAUUAUGUGAAGUAU